AUGCCGCCGCCGCCGCUGCUCGUCCUUUACGGCUCCCAGACGGGCAACGCCCAGGACGUGGCGGAGCGCCUGGGCCGGGAGGCCCGAUGCCGGGGGCUGGUCCCGCGCGUCAUGCCCAUGGACGCCUACCCCGUGGCCGGCCUGCCCGGCGAGCGCCUGGUGGCCUUCGUGGCGGCCACGGCGGGCCAGGGCGUGCCGCCGGACAACAUGACCGCUUUCUGGAAGUUUCUGCUGCGGAAGAGCCUGCCCGCGGAUUCGCUGGCGGGGGUGGCCGUAGCGGCAUUCGGCCUGGGGGACUCGGGGUACCUCAAGUACAACGCCGUGGCCAAGAGGCUGGCGAACAGGCUGGCAGGACUGGGUGCAGAGCCAUUGGUGGAGAAGGGGCUUGGGGACGACCAGGCGAGGGCGGGGUACGAGGCGGCGCUUGACCCAUGGCUAGAAGCUUUCUGGAGGGCUGUGGAGGUGAGGUUCGGGGUGCAAGCCAUGGAGGGUGUGGUAGGCUCCCUGGACAUGCCCAAGUUCAGUGUCACGUUUCUGGAAGAGGGGCCGAGACGCUCACAGGCGGGUAUGACGGCCAUGGAAGAAGCCGCCGGGGCGGCGGCCGCGUUCCACAGAGUGGCCGACGCCGCCGCCGGUCUGCCCGCUCCCGCCGACGACCCGAGACUCGCCGCCGCCGGGCCCCACGCGUUCGGCCCCGGCCGGCCGUACAUGGCCAGGAUGCUGAAGAACGAGCGCCUGACGUCCCCCAGCCACUUCCAGGACGUCCGGCACAUCGAGUUCGACCUGGGGGACUCUUCCCUUACCUACUCACCCGGCGAUCUGUUGGUCAUCCUCCCCGAGACGCCCUCCUCCGCGGUGGACGCCUUCCUGGAACGCGCCGGCCUGGACGGCGAUCGCUGGGUGUCCGUCCGGCCCGCGGGCGUCGGGGCCCAAGCGGAGGCGCCGGGGGGCCCGCAGGCCCAGGUUAGGAUCCGUGCGCUGGUCCAGGGGGCCCUGGAUGUGCACGGCGCCUCCCCCAGACGGUACUUCUUCGACGUGCUGCGCCGCUUCACGGCCGCCCAGCACGAGGCUGACCGGCUGGCCUACUUCGCGUCCGCGGAGGGCCGCGACGAUCUACAUUUGUACUGCUCCGGCGAAGGCCGCACUGUACUGGAAGUACUAGGCGAUUUUAAGUCCUCGUCGCCGCCAUUGGAGUGGCUGCUGCAGUGCGUGCCCGCUAAGCGCCCCCGUCAGUUCUCGAUCUCCUCCUCGCCCACCGCCCACCCGCGGGCGGCCCACAUCACCGCCGCGAUCGUGGAGUGGAGGACGCCCUUCGGGCGGACCAAGCGCGGCCUGUGCACGGCGGCGCUGGCGGCCAUGGAGCCGGGGAGACGCGACGACCGGGUGCCGGUGUGGAUCGAGGCGGGGGCCAUGCGGAUGCCGCCGAACGACGGGACGCCGAUGGUGCUGAUCGGGCCAGGAACGGGCGUGGCGCCGUUCCGGUCCUUCCUGCAGGAGCGCAUGGAGCGUGCCCGUGGGAGAGCAGAUCACCAUUCCCGGCCGACGGGGCCCAGGGGACCGUCACCUGAAUCGACGGGCCCCAAGGAACAAGCGAUUGAAUCUGCGGGCCCCAAGGAAGCGGCGAUUGAAUCGACAAGCCUCAAAGAACGCGAUUCAAAAUCACUCCCGGUUGCGCCGAGUUGGCUGCUGUUCGGCUGCCGGAACGAGGCUGGGGACUUCCUGUACCGAGGGGAGUGGGAGGCGCUCAGGCGGGCGGGCGUUCUGGAUGGCAUCAUCACAGCCUUCUCUCGCGACCAGCCGAGCAAGGUUUAUGUGACCCACAGGAUACGGGAGCGGGGGGCGCUGAUCUGGCGCCUGAUCGGGGAGGCGGGGGCGGUGGUGUACGUGUCUGGGUCAGCGCGCAAGAUGCCAGCGGACGUGAUGAGCGCGAUCGAGGCUGUGGUGGCGGAGCACACUGGCAGGUCGACAGAGUCUGCCAAGAGGUUCGUGAAAGCGAUGGAGGCCAGCGGGCGGUACGUCGUUGAGUCCUGGUCCUGA